UUCGGAGCGCUGCUCCUUCAUCAGGUGGUUGUGCUUUGUACACCCCAGUCCAACACCGGCAUCUCCAAAUCAUGACGACCAACACUAGGAGACAACAGAGAGCCAACAAAACCCUCAGCUCUACCCUUCAACUGAUCUGCCUGGUUCAUGGUGAUCAACUGUUGAAGCACUACCAUGUUCUCCUCUGAAAGGUUGGCCUGUUGGGUGGUUCUUGACCUUGCUGGCCUCUGCCCUUCCCUGGCCUGGCAUAGCUUGGCCUGUCCAGGCCCAGGCCGCCCUGCCUCUCUGGCGCCCUCCAGUUGUUGCCCCGCCAGUUGCAGUCUCUGAGCCGCGAGCCUUUACUUCCUGUUUUUUGCCGGCGCUCGAGCUGCCUGUUUUGUCCCUCAGAGCUUCUGCUGCUUCUUUUCUCGGCUGUUUUUUUGUCUCCGAGACCUCGGGAUCUGAUGGAUUUCACGUAGUUGGGUUGAUCGACGCCAUCUUUUCCGUGUUCCCGAGUUUGACUUUGGUGAUUUAUUAUAUUUUAAUUCCCCGCCGCCUCUCUGUUUUUGUUCCCUUCUGUUUGUAUUCCUCUGGCUGGACCAUGGCUGCUGCCUUCGAGCGGCCAACUUUCUGCUGCUGCCGGAAAGUUGUGACCGGCUCCGCCAAGAGCGAGAGGUUGAAUUCGUCCCGGGACUGCCCUGUCGACAUCGCAUCCGCCUCCAACUUCCAGCAUUUCCAGAUCCAGCAUUUCCACCUGGAGUUGGACAUUAACUUCCCGAGCCGGGAGAUCCAGGCGGUGGAGGUGCUGGACUUGGUGUGCCUGCAGCCCGACACCCAGAGCCUGGUCCUGGACUCGCACCAGUCGCUGCACAUCCGCUCGGUCAACGCUAAAUGUCGGUGCAACUCGGGCGAAAACAGCUGGCCCCUGAGUCACCGCCUCGACCCUUUCACCGAGUACGGCUCCUCUCUCGUGAUAAACCUGCCGGCUGCCAUCAAACCUCUCAGCAACUUUCAGAUCAUCAUCAGGUACACUACAGCCGAUGGGCCGGCGGUAAGUCCUCCUCCAACUUCUUCAGGUUGGACGCUUUUAAACAGAAACUGAGCUCCAAACUCACCCCCACCUUGUCAGACCCAUGGAGGGUAUUAAGUACUUAACAUUCAUGCACUUAUGGCGUUACAGUUUAACUGUGCAAAUUAUAAAUCCCAGCCGAAAAGAAUUACAAGAUUUAAGGCUGACUUGUUUUACUGUACGAUUAACUUCACUCAGUGUCUCGGUUUGGAUAACUAGAAGUCUCCAUGUUUCCUGCUCAGCCUUUUUUUUCUGCAGGUGCUGUAGUGUCCUGAGAUGGAUUCUUCCACUAAGUUGAGAGACAGAGCAGUUUGGGAAAAUUUGAAUUU